AUGUCGGCAAAAACUUUGUAUGUUUUGACAUUGAUUGUUCAUGAUGACCAGUCGCCAGAAGGUGUGGUCUCCACUGUGGAAACGUUUAUUACCGGUUCACUUCACGCAACUUUUGGCAAAGCUCAGCUUUCUCCACGAGCUUGGGAUUUCGAACUUGAACUAGAGGGUUAUGAAGAGGCACUCAAGUUGGUUAAGGAGCACUGCUUACACCAACCGUACGAUUUGAUCCUUCAGCCAAGCUUGACCAGAAGGGAUAAACAAUUGUUCAUUUUCGAUAUGGAUUCCACAUUGAUCUAUCAAGAGGUGAUUGAAUUAAUAGCAGCUUACGCGGGAAUCGAGGAUAAAGUCGCUGAAAUCACAACCAGAGCCAUGAAUGGCGAGAUCGACUUUAACGAAAGUUUGAAAGAACGUGUUGGGCUACUUCGUGGGAUAGAUUCAACAAGGAUAUGGAAAGAAUUGGAGGAAAAAAUCGAAAUCACCAAUGGAGUCAGACCAUUAAGCAAAGCAUUGAAGAAAUUGGGGUGCGUUUUGGGUGUAUGCUCUGGGGGCUUCAUACCAUUGGCAAACCAUAUCAAAAAUGAGUUGGGAUUAGAUUAUGCUUAUGCAAACACGUUAGGAGUUGACGAAAAUAACAUCUUGAAUGGAGAAACUAUUGGAGAUAUAGUGAAUGGUGAAAGAAAAGCUGAGCUCUUGCUAGAAAUAGCUAAAAAACAUGGGAUUGACCCCCAAAAUGCAGUUGCCAUUGGCGAUGGAGCAAAUGAUUUGAGAAUGAUGUCGGUUGCCGGCUUUGGAAUUGCUUGGAAUGCCAAACCAAAGGUGCAACUACAGGCCCCUGCCUGUUUAAACACAAAGUCUUUGCUUGAUGUGUUGUACAUUUUGGGCUACAGCGAUGUGGAUAUUAAAGACUUGUUACAAUAA